AUGGGGCACCUUAUUGGCCGUGAAUACUUUUUCAUUUCGCUAAAACUACAACAAGGUCGUCGUUUUUCGCCAAUCAUCCAGACUGAAUUAAUGCGGAACAUUGUGAUUACCAUGCACGAUGUAUGGUCAUUCAUCGACGGAUGGAAUGUCACGUAUGAGAUCGAAAAUGUUAACGGACAAGAUAAUAUGACAACAAGAAGUGUACGUGCUGCUAAUGUCUUGUCUUCAGGAGAGCUUGAUGACUUCAUGCAUUGUAAUGCUGAACCUUUUUUUUUAGUUUGGUUUCAUCCAGGUCAAACUCUUGCGGAUCAUUGCGUUAUUUCCAUUCUUCAGAAAGCUCUGGCAUUGGACGAAAAAUGUUAAGAUGUUCACCGUGAAGAGAAGAACUAUAUCGGAUACUUCGAGCUUUGUAUUGAAGGAUGCGACCCUGAGCUAGGCUGGUUGGAUUUGAUUCAGUACAAUGGAUGGUUAGAAAGUUGUAAAAGCAAAGGCUUCUCCUUGUUCUGCCUUCGUGAGUUCAAACUAGAACAGACCGUCACCGAUGAACUUGAAAUCUACACCAAGCACAAGGAUGUGGAACCAUGGGCAAUCUACGCGCUGUUUGAGAAUGUUCGAGAGAUCUCACACGACGGAAAAUAUGAGUCCUGGUGGCGAAGCAGCUUGUAA